AUGGCACGUAUUUUUGGAGAGCGUGAUGGACGUGGCCCAGAAGCUUUUAAAUCUACCGAUUUGACUGCAAGUGCAAGUGAAAACGAUGUAAUAACACUGGACGACUCAGAAUCCGAUGAUUCACAUUGCGAGAAACCUGUAUCAAUUGAAACGAAUAAUUCAACUAAUGAAGUAGAUGCAGAGAGUGAAAUUGAACAAACCAUUGCCGACGCGGAAACAGAUUCAGAAGCAUUGGAUGGCAAUGAAUCCGAUUAUUCCAUGCCCUCACUUGACGGUGAGGCUGUGGAAAAAGCGUCGAACGACAAGUUGAUAGCCGAAACCGAAGAUGACGAAAGGUCAAAUUGUUCCACGAUGGACAGUGAAAAAUUGCAGCAGACAACGGAACGUGAAUCCUCCCAGAGUUAUAAAGACACGUCAACGAACUGGUCGAAAAGGAACAGAUUAUUUUCUGAUGGCAGCGACUCGGACGAUUCUAUAAAAUCGCUCUAUAGUGAAUGGAUGGGAAAAAUUUCAAACAAAUCUAUACCGUACAGCUUCAUAAAAGUUACUACGAAGGACAUAUACGCGUGUUAUGGUGGGCUGUGCCCUUAUUGUGGGGUACAGAGCAAGGACCUAGGAACUCAUAUACAACGGAUACACGAAGCAGAAAAGACAUUACUUUGCCCACACUGCCCGAAGAUGUUUGCGGAAAAAUCUCAAUUAAAAGCUCAUAUUAAUACUUGGCAUGAGAAGCGCAUAAUCAUAACAUGUCCUACUUGUGGUAAAGGAUUCAUAAACCGCAGAAGCUAUAGUUAUCAUAAGUAUAAUUCUCACGGAAAAAGCGACGUGUACGAGUGUGAAAUAUGCCACCGGAAAUUUAAGUCCCCGGAUGGAUAUAAAAGACACUUUAAGGCACAUUCAUUAACUUCUCUCAAGUGCGAGGAUUGCGGAAAACUAUACUCAACUGCGUUCUAUUUUGAGCAACAUAAACUUCUUUCGCAUCAUAUGAAGAAAUCACUCGAGUGACUCGGCUGUGGAGUGAAAGUUCGAUGAUUCAAGCAUAAAAAAAUCGACAUUCCGAAGAAUAUCUAUUGAAAGAAAUGGAUAAG